UCUAUCAAAUGAUUACUAAAUGGUGAUUGCAGUUUAUGGGGUUUAAUGGACUGUUCUUUUUGUUAAUACUUCCGAUCACAUCUACUCCACCAUGGGGCACAAGGGAACAGGUCUAGCUCUGAUGGAAGGGAGGCCCACGAUAUCAAGUAAGAUAUAUCACAUGCAGAUUUCACUGUUGCAUUCAUCUUCUGCCAUAGGCUUUGGUCACAGCCACUCUCUCAAUUAUAUCUGUCAGAUAAAAUUAAUGCACUGAGAAUCCAGGAAGGGCUCAGGUUCUUUGGUCACGCAAGUAAUGCAAGAGGCUUUUAUCAGCUUCUAAACUGUAAUGAUAACUUUCAAAAUACAAGAGAAAAGAACCAUUAUGGUGUAGGCUAUAGAGUACAGCACUACAGCUUAGAUCUACAACACUGCUGCAGACAUCGAAAUCUUCAUGGCUGUGGGUGAAGAAGAAGUAUCGGUAUCAGGUAUUGGCAAACUUUCUCAGGAAAACCAUCCCAGCGGCCUCACCAUCAAGACUUCAUCUUGUUGCAGCAAAACUGGUAAAGAUGCUUUAAGCUUGAAAACCUCAAUUGAGUCAUCUCCAUACAACUCUCCCUCCUUGGUGUCCCCACCAUCGUCAGCAUUUGUUUCAGCUUUGCAGUCACCAUAUAUAUCCCCGAGAGCCACAACCACGAAACCUCAAGAUAACUCAACUCCACAAGAUAACCUUACUCUUGUUAUACAUCCAUCGCCACCAGUCUCAUGCAGAGGGGGUUAUUCACAAUCUGAUGACAUGCCAAGUAGUUCAUACACUCCACCAUCAGACCUGUAUGAAUACUCUGAUGACCCUGACCCUGCUGAUCCGAAGCUCAAGUUUGUAACUUGUGUUCCAGUUCCAGAUCCUGCUCCACGCAUCUCAUUCUCAUUUCCAGUGCCUAGGAUUUCCUUCACCAAAAUUCCUGUUUCUCCAGCUUCUAAUGCCAAACUCAGGAGCUGUGAUGUUUUCAUUGGCUUCCAUGGUCAAAAUCCAAACUUGGUUCGCUUCUGUAAGUGGCUUAAGUCAGAGCUGGAGCUUCGGGGAAUUGCUUGCUUUGUUGCAGAUAGAGCCAAGUAUUCAGAUAGUCAGAGCCAUGAGAUCGCUGACCGAGUCAUCUGCUCAGUCACAUAUGGAGUUGUGGUGGUCACAAAUUCUAUCUUUCUCAACCAUCUCAGCUUGGAGGAAAUUAGAUUCUUUACUCAAAAGAAGAACUUGAUUCCGCUCUUCUUUGACACGGGGCCAGCUGAGAUCAUGGGACUUCUCAACUGCAAUUCAAUCGGUAAAGAAUGCAAAGAAGCCAUCGACGGACUAAUCAAAUGUCACGAGUUCAAGCUGGAAGCCAAUCAGGGUAAUUGGAGAAGCUGUGUAGCUAAAGCUGGAGGAAUGUUGAGAGCAAAGCUUGGAAGGAAGAGUGUGGCAGAUAAAGACUUUGCUGGUGAAGCAUUUGAGGAGCUGCCAUUUCCAAGAAACAGGUUUUUUGUGGGAAGAGAGAAGGAGAUUAUGGAGAUUGAAACUGCUCUAUUUGGACAUGCUGAUUCUCUUGAGCAAGAUUGUUGCUCUAUGCCUAUCAUAAAAGGUGAAGCAAGUGGGCAAUCUGAAGGGCUUGCCGAUGAAGAAAGUGAUGGGAAGUGCAAAGAGCCUACGCUAGAAGCAUGGGUUGAACAAGUUAUGGGAAGAAAUUCAAUGAAAAGGUCCAAAUACAAGAAAUCAAAGUGUGGGAACUACAAGAGCUUAGGCAGCAGUGUGAUUUGCAUAAAUGGUGUUCCUGGCAUUGGAAAGACAGAGCUUGCUCUUGAAUUUGCCUAUAGGUAUUCUCAGAGAUAUAAGAUGGUUCUUUGGGUUGGUGGAGAAGCUCGAUAUUUCCGGCAGAAUAUAUUGAAUUUAUCACUCAACUUGGGAUUGGAUGUGAGUGUUGAAGAUGAGAAGGAAAGGGGCCAGAUUCGAAGCUUUGAGGAGCAGGAAAUUGAAGCAUUCAAGCGAGUGAAGAGAGAGCUCUUUCGGGACAUGCCUUAUCUAUUGAUCAUCGAUAAUCUUGAGACAGAGCGAGAGUGGUGGGAAGGAAAAGACCUGCAUGACUUGAUUCCUAGGAACACCGGAGGGUCUCAUGUGAUUAUCACAACUAGGCUAUCAAAAGUGAUGAAUUUUGACACAAAGCAGCUUCCUCCAUUGCAUUCAUCUGAUGCAAUGAUUUUAGUAAGGGGAAGAAAGAAAAAAGAUUAUCCGGCAACGGAGUUGGAGUUCUUGGAAAAAUUUGAUGAGAAAUUGGGAAGAUUGAGCUUUGGUUUGUGGAUUAUUGGUUCACUGCUUUCGGAACUUUCCAUUUCUCCAUCUGCACUCUUUGAAGCUGUGAACGAGGUCUCACUUGAAGAUGGUUCCACUUCAUCAUCUAUAAGCACUAGUGGUGACCAAUACUGCAAAACCAACUCUUUCCUGAUGAAAAUUCUAUGUUUUUGCUUCGAGGUCUUGCAGCAAGUUAAGGGGAGAAGGAACAUUCUCGCCUCAAGAAUGCUUCUUGUUGGUCCUUGGUUUGCCCCAUCACCCAUUUCAGCAAAUUUGCUAGCGACUGCAGCUAAGUACAUGCCUCUUGCUGGAAAUCGAUUCAGAAGGUGGACUAACUGCCUGAGCCUCGUGUCCAGUUGCUGUGGUGGAUGUGGUUUAGCUAAUCAAAGUGAAGAAGAUUCUGCCAUUCUCCUAGUAAAACUAGGAUUGGCAAGAAGAGUGAAUCGACAGAGUGGAUAUUGGAUUCAAUUCCAUCCGAUAACUCAAUCGUUUGCAAAGAGGAAAGAGUGCUUAUCCGCUGCUAAAGCCACAGUCCAAGGCAUAAGAAAACAUGGGAAUCCAUUGCUGAAUUCUGAUCAUCUAUGGGCUUCUGCAUUUCUUGUAUUCGGAUUCAAGUCCGAGCCCCCAAUAGUGCAAUUAAAAGCAAUUGAUAUGGUUUUGUACAUCAAGAAAACGGCACUACCGUUAGCAAUCAUAGCCUUCACAACAUUCUCAAGAUGCAACUCGGCAUUGGAGUUAUUGAAGGUGUGCACAACUGUGUUGGAGGAAGUAGAAAAGUCAUUUGUAUCACAAGUACAAGACUGGUGCCAUGGAUCCCUUUGCUGGAAAAAGAAGUUACAGGGUAAUCAAAGGGUGGACGAGUACGUGUGGCAAGAUGUUACAUUGUUGAAGGCUACUCUAUUGGAAACGAGAGCAAAGCUGCUGUUAAGGGGUGGCCAUUUUGACAGCGGUGAGGAACUGUGCAGAACUUGUAUCAGUAUUCGGACAGUAAUGCUCGGGCACAAUCAUGCCCAAACCUUGGCUGCUCAAGAAACACUUGCCAAGUUAGUGAGAAUGAGGAGCAAGAUAUGAUGUACCUGAUUCUUAAUAGAAGUUCAUUUUUGUACACAACGUAAAAUACAGCGAUGAAUUUUGUAGUUUUCAUUCUUCACUUGAAUUAGAUUUGUUGAAUCACGGCAUAUGAUCCAAACACAGUAUGCUGGGGAAAACAAACUCCUACAGCAACUCAGUGUAAAAUGUAUCCUCCACUGAAAAUGAU